CAUCAGCAGCAAGCAGUCGGAAUUUCAUGCUGAUUCAAAUUUAAAAAGAAAAUAAAUCUAUUUUUUUUCAAUUGUUAGCAUGAAUAUGUUGUGAAAGUUAUCAGAAAGAGUACUGUAUUGAAAUAAUUUAUUGUUAACUUGGAAAAGUGGUUCAAUCAGUGUUUCUCUCGUACUUUUUAAGUGAGAUGUAGUUCAUUUUGUCAAGUGGAUUGCGUGUGAUUUUUUACACUUGCUAGCGAAAAUUCUUAACUAAUCUAACAAUCAUGGCAAUGCGAAGGCCGCGUAUUAAGGUGGCUGCGAAUCUAUCGAUUCGUCGGCCAACGAAAGCAGCCGCCUCCAGUGGAGAAUUUAAGCCUGUAGACAGCACUGCAUCACCAACCCCCAGUGACAGAGAAAAACAGGAACAGCAAGUGGUGAAACCGGAGACGGUGGAAACCGGCGAAAAGAUUCAUGCCGAAACGCUGGAGACGGAGAAAAAGCAACCUGGCUUGAAGCCCGUUUCUACUCCUAGUCCAGUAGCGACACAGUCUGCAUUCAAGUUUCCAAAACCCGUAGAAGAACUUCCUAGGCAUACGACACCAGCACCUGUGCCUCAUUAUCCAUUGGAAGUCAACACCGAUGAACCACAUUCACCAAAGAAACUGGAUUCCAAGUUUGCCUAUAUCAAUGCCCUGAAUAGCCCUCGGAAGCGGAUACGAACUGAAUCGAUGACUUCCAACAAAUCCUACUCGGAUGUCAGUUUAAAGUCUCGCAAAACCAUCAAACAGGAAGAAUCACAGAAAGCAUCGGACGCAAAACGGGAUCUUCGGAAACGUUUGAACAACAUUCAGAACAUCGACAAACAAUCACUAACUAUGUUCGACAUGAUCUACUACAAUCCGGUUAAGAAUCCGAUGAAGAGUCCGGCACUCAGCAAGAAAGGUUCGUUGGAAAACAUUCCGCGCAUGGUUGAUCGGGAAUCGCGAAGCGUGAGUAAAUCUCGUUCACCGACUCCGGCUCCGAUGAUGCCACCACCGGAAGCCCCGAGUGCACCGUCAACGCAGCCGACACCGCAAAUCAAGCUGGGACCCAACGGGGAAAUGAUCUUGGACGAAGCUAGUUUGGUGAUUGAAAACGAACGCGAGAAAGCUCUGAGGGAUAGCAUGGCAAAAGCGGAGAUUGUGUAUGUUGACGAAUUCAGCGGAAAUUCCGGCUACUACAGCCGCUACAAAAGGACUAGGGAUUGGCCCCCUGAGGAGACAAUACGUUUCUAUAGGUGUUUGCAUACGAUUGGGACUGACUUUUCGAUGAUGAUACAGCUCUUUCCAAAUCGCAGUCGGAGGGAUUUGAAGUUGAAGUUCAAAAAAGAAGAGCGCCUCAAUUUGAAAUUGGUGAACAAAGCACUUCUCUUCCCGAAAGAAUUUAACAUCGAAGAACUGCAGCAACAGUUCCAGGAAGAGGAUGAAGAAAUCGAACGCAUACGGGAACAGGAACGACAAGAAAAAGCAGAACUAGAUGAGAAACUAAAGCAACAGAAAAUGGCGAAAAAGAUGCAGUUGAACCAAAGCAAAAGUCGGAACCCUAAAAAGCGGGUAAGCAAGUCAGAACGUGUUAUGCUGAACAUGGACAGGCUUGGUAAAACGGAACCGCUUGUUAAAGAAGUGAAACCCAAACGAAAAAAACGGAAGGUAGCACAGAAAAAUGCUCAUCAACAGGAAGCAGAGGCUUCUGUCAAACGAAAAACUUCAAAGACUGACGUUCCUGAGCCUUGUCCAUCUGUGGAUGUCGAAGAUGACGUAUUCGACGACACCGUGGAAGGGUCCAAUGACGAAUCAAACAGGGAAGUUCGAGUAUCGCAAAUCGAUAGCGUACCUUACAUUCCGAAUGGAGGUUUUGAGCAGCUUGACAAUGCCCCCAGCAGCAUAGAGUCGACGGAACAUAGUAGGAGUCCUUUGGAUAGUACACCUCCUUCGAACGAAAGUCCAGUGGAAGCGAUUUCCAGUGAAUCCCAAUUGGACAUCAAUGCUAUGGACAUUGACAUAGUCGAUGAAGAGUCAAGGAAUUUGUACGAAAUAAAAGCGGAACCCAAGACCUAUCCUGUCCAAAUUUAUGAGAGUGAUACCAACGGAAGUAUGGAUACACAGAAUGUUAUAACUCUUCAGAACAUGGACGAUCAAAGUCAAACUACAGUAACUUAUCGUGAACCAGCAGCGAUGGUUAACAGUAAUCAGAGAUCGACUGGCAGUGAUCAAGACGUUGGCAUUGAUUCCAUCGAAUCCAAGUACUACGGAGGAUGUGAUGUCGUGUACCUGCCGAUGCCGGCGAAUGCACCAAUUGCGCAUCCAGUGAAGACGGAAACGUCGUACUAUCCGUCGCAACAAAUGCUGAUUCCUACACCGAUACCAUCACCACCUCUCGUGUACGAUCUGCACUCCAUUACCGAACCUACUGCAGCAACUAGUCCAGUUCCUUCAACACCUCUAGUAAAACCUGAUGUAAAAGAAGGUAUAACUUCUGAAGAGUCAAAUUCCGCAACAACCAACCCAUCCCCUACGCCAUUGGAACCGAAAUCGGAAAAGGAACCGAUUGAGCCUUUAUUGGAAGACUCCAAUGGUGUUCAGGAAUCGGAAACUUCCGAAGAUCUGCAGCCAUCAACAGAAGCGUCAGAAGAAGCGGGAGAUGAACCUGACGAAGAACCACGCGGGCUGGGACCGCUCGAAGACAUUGACAUCAAUUCGCUGGUGUUGGUGGAAAGUCAAGAUACAACCAAUCCGGGCAAAACUAUCUACGAAAUCUAUGUGAUAGAUCCAGAGACGGGCAAGCUAAGCGAGAAGCCUUUGGACGUCCCAGAGGAUGUGAUCGAAAACAUUCGAUCUAUACUCGAAGCCGGAGAGGACUGAGAAGCUCUUAUUAUUGGUAGGGUUGUUAUCUUUUUCUUUAACACUCAUCAGCACGUAAAUCAGCCGGGAAUAGGGAAAGAGGAUAGCCGAUUUCCUCACUA